UUUGCUGGGCUCCAACGGAUGCUAGUCAGUUCGCAGGGCGGUGGUUUUUCUUCUUCUCUUUGGGGUUGGGUUGGGCGCCCCCUCUAAAUGAUGAGAGACUGAGAGCCGUGGGAAUAUUAAUAGCGACAGCUCAAGUCUGUGAUGAUGUCGUUCAUUCGCUGCAACGGGCACAAGAGGGAAGCGAAAGUGGAGGUUUGACAAAAAGGUUAACUCUAAUACGAAGUGUCGUUACCUGAGUGGUGGUGAAGAUUGAAAUAAAGGGGGAAAUGGGAUGGAACGCAGCUAAAAUAGAUCCAAGAAGGCAAGUUGGUUUAUUAUGUACAACAGACCAGCACUAGUAUCUAAUACAGCAGCCGCCUUGUAAUGUACGGUAGCAGCCUGGGGACAUGAAAGAUUGAACGGAAGGCUGAUAAUCAUCAUGUCUCGCCUCAAAAAAAGCUGGCCCUCUGCCUCACAUCCAGCCCCGGGAUAUCACAUGCAAGGGUCUGGUGAUGGGACCGCCAUGGCAUGGGCUGACUGCAUGCAUCAGUCAAGCUGCGACUCUGCUCAAGAGACUUUAGAGAAAGCCCAGGCAAGCAAGACAAAAAAGGCACGGGAUUCCGCCCAACACCAACGCCAUGGGAAAGGAAAAAAAGAGCGAGACCAAAAAGUCAAAUGCAACCCCCCCAGUCAGGCAUUCCCAAUCUAUGCACUACAGCCACUAGCUCUGAUACUCGGGGCGGGUCAUUUGAUGCAUGAGGGCGCCAUCAAAUCAAUCCGCCAAACCAGCCCUAGAAGGAGGCUGGAAUAUCGCAUCCAGCGGCCAUCACCUCGCUUGGCUGUGGCGUCCCAUCUCGCUCGCCCUCUCACGCGGUGGCUUAGGAGAGCACGUACCAAUAAAACAAAAAGAGGCGAAGGAGAAUAUAGAAUAGGGAAAGGGAAAGGGAAAGGGAAAGGGAAGGAGAAGAGAGAAUGAGAGAAGCAAGAAAAAGGAACAAGAGAAUAGGACUCAACUGAGCAUUACAUUGAUUGGAUUUAGG